GCAGUAGCAGUCGACUCAGCACCCGAAGAGCAUCCAUGUCGGAAGAAAACGACGCCUCUUCAAGCACAUCAAAUGAUACUGAAGAGAGUGACAAUGAAGAAGACAAGAAGAGGGAAGAGAAUCGGAAGAAACGAUGGGCAGAGCAAAGAAUGCAGAUGUUAGAGGAACAAAAGAAGACAAGGGAGGGCCUUGUGGCAAGGGAACAACAUCGAAAAACUCUCAUGGAAGAAUGGAAAAAGAUGCGAGCAAGAGAAGAGAAGAUGCAACAGAUGAUGACUGAUGACCUCAUGAAGAAUUUAGAAGCCUUCGACUGCCUGAUCUGCAUGGACAACAUCCCCGAGGGAGAAGGUGUGUGCCUUAAGGAAUGUCGGCACAACUUUUGCAAGAAUUGCUUACAGGGCACAAUCAACAGCACCGAAACCCCUGAAGUCACUUGUCCUCAUGCCGACGAUUCUGGUCCAUGUUCUGUCCACCUUCAACAGAGGGAAAUUCGAGCGUUACUAAACAAGAAUGACUAUGAACGCCACCUAGACAGAUCACUGCGAUAUAUAGAAGGGUCAGCUGGCAACACCUUUCACUGUCGCAAAGAGGAUUGUCCUGGCUGGUGCUUCUAUGAACCAGGAAUCAACCGAUUCCCAUGCCCUUGCUGUAAGAGUGUGAAUUGCAUAAACUGUCGGGUUAUUCAUGAAGGAAAGACCUGUAAAGAAUAUCAAGACUAUCUCACCCGGGAAGCAGAGAAAAAUGAUGAGCUCAAGCAGAGUUUGAACCAGCUGAAGGUGAUCAUGACUGCUUCAUCAGCUUCAUUCUUUUGUGGCACUUGA